AUGUCGAUCAAUAGUGUUACAACAGCAGGUACUCUUCGAGGAAGAGAGCAGGAUCUCGAUGGUGAUUAUUAUGUUAUUUAUGUUAAAGUCAAUAAAGAAGAUUCAUCUGAUUCGAAACGUUUCAACACAGCGGACAUGGGACGAUUAAAGCAAUAUGUGAAAAUCACUAAAGUAUUCGAUGAUUUAACUAAAUUUCAUAGUUAUUUACAAACGAUCAGAAAUGAAAAAGUACUUUUAGUUUUGGCCAUAGGAAGCACAUCGGAUGAAAAGUGGUGCAAAUUUAAUGAAAACAUUUUUUCAAAAAUCGGUUUCAGCACAACCAUUUUGAACCAUCCGCAGAUUCUUUCGAUUUCUAUUUUGGAAAAUACUAAGUUUACAAUUUAUAAUAUGUUAUAUCCGUUUUCAUUACGAAAAAAUGUUCUCAAACGAAAACAAACAAUAUUCACAACAAAUAAUCAAACACAAUUAUGGAAGAAAGUCAAAUCGUUCACCACUGCUCUUUCCACUAUCGAUAUCAUCUGUUACGACAAGUAUGAACUGAAUGAACCCAAUGCGACAUACCAUGAACUCAAUCGUUCAUAUUUUCCCAACUACACGAUUUGUCGGAACAUGUUUAGUGCUUUAAAUUGCGUCACAUCGUCUAGAUUCCAAACUGUUAUCCUGAUUGUUGUUGAUGAAACUAUCGAAAAAAUGAUACAGAAAAUCAAUAACGAUAAAUAUGCUUUUCUAUUGAGGACAUUGUCAUCAAUUUAUGUGUACAAACUGAGUGAUACUCGUCCAUCAUACAUUCGUGAAAUGACGUUCUUCCUUGAUCGAGACGAUCUAAGCAAUGGUUUGAUGAACGAUAUCAUCGCAGACUUGGUUAUUGUUCAAAAGCCAAAUUAUUGCUUUUCAUCGGAUAAAAAUAAUCAACAAAUGUCAUUGCGAAGUUUGAAAAAAAUUCAAUUUGCAUUGCAGACGGAAGAUUUCAGUUGCCUUCCGCAGAUACCAUCGGCAAAGUUUGAAAUGUUCGAAGAAUGUCGAAGACGAUAUGAAAAAGAUAAAACCGAGUUAAAGAAAAUCGCAGAAUUCGAAAGAGAUUAUUUCUCCAUGUCGCCGAUAUUAAUGUAUACAAGAGACAGUUUUCUCUAUCGUUUACUAAACGAUGCCUGUCGGACAGAGAACAUUGAUAUGAUGUACAAAUUUCGGUAUUAUAUUCAUGAUCUUUAUAAACAGCUCAGUCAAUUACAUAAAGAAUUUCUUUCGUCUUUAUCGAAUUCUGAUACACUUCAUCUUUAUCGCGGCCAAUUGAUGUCUCGAUGCGAAUUUGAAAAUCUGCAACAAAAUAUCGGUCAACUCUACUGCACAAAUACAUUUCUCUCAACAACGAUGGACGCCGCUGUUGCUUUUGCGUAUUUUUCAUCACCAGGAGAUGUUCAACAACCUGACGUUGUCAAUGUUUUAUUCAUUUACACAAUUGACACUCGUCUUCGACAUACGAAACCAUUUGCUUCGAUUGAAAAAGAUAGUUGUGCAGCAGACGAAAAGGAAGUCCUGUUUUGCAUGGGUACAGCUUUUCGUAUCGAUUCGAUUGACAGGUCGUCUGACAAUCACUUUUGGAAAGUCACAGCAACACUAGUCGAAACUAGUGAACCUAAGUCAAUCACGGAAGUACUUAUGAAAUCAGAUCAUUACAACAUUGAGAUUAACAAUUUACAAGAAGUUGAACGUUGUUACCAAGUGAUUAUUGAUGAGUAUUUUGAUCAUAACGAUACUUUUAUUCGAGCACAAAUUGGCAUCGCUCAGAUCUAUACCUAUAAAGGUGAAUAUUCAGCAGCAAUUGAACGUUAUGAAAAGGUAAUUUGGAGAAGUCCAAAAUUAAAUGAUAAAAUUGAAUCUUACAUUAAAAUUGGUCAGAUUUAUCGACAUAGUUUUGAAUAUAUAGCAUCACUGUCAGCGUAUCAAGAGGCACUACAAUUGAGUGAAGAUAGAAAUUCGAUAGAGUAUAUUCAAUUGCUUAUUUAUAUUGCUGAUGUGCACGAACUACUAAAAGAUUAUAAUUCAGCUAAACGACUCUAUACAAAAGCUCUUGGUGUUGCAAAUGUUCCAACAAAUUUACAUAGAAUGUGCCAGACACGUUUAAAUGAGAUGAGCGUCAAAAGUCGCCUGCUCGCGGGUUCAAUUGUUCUUCUAGUAAUACUUAUAUUACUUAUAUUUAUGGUUUGUUUUUUCACCGCAAUGUAUUUCAUAUUUAAAUAUUGUCCUCAAGUAAUUUUGGAAAAAUAUAAUAUAAUUAUGGCUCCUCUUGCGUGCAUGCUAAAACCAGGUAUGGAUAUAGUAUCAAAACUUGUAAUAAUAUUGUUUAAUUAUUUUGGCACUCUUUUCUUAAACAAACGCGAAAGUUUUAUUGUCUAUGAGAAACAAGUUACAACUGUAGUGUGGCUAUAUAUGCUGUAUGUCAACAUUUUUGUUACUUGGCAACUUGCACCAUACUUAUGUUCAUACAUAACAAUACCAAUUAAUGUAAUGAUUAUGAGAUUAUAUCUUUGUUUUGUAUCAUUUUUUAUUGAAUUCGAUUACUACACACAUGCAGCUGUGUGUGGUUGGUUUUUACCGGUGCAUGAUGUUCCUAUUUUUACGGUAUGUCAUUGGUUACUUUAUUCUACGAAGAAACCUGAAUUUAUCUUCCAUACUAAUUAUAUUCUUUACCUAAAGACACAAAUUCGUCAAAUCGAGUGUUUAAAUCAAUUAUUCAAUCGCUUUAUAAAUUUAUUAAGUUGUAAAACUCGAUUUUAUUUUCGUAUUUGUUUAUUUAUUCUAUUAGUUAUGUAUAAACCAUAUGCACUUCUUCAUAUUAACCACGAUCUAUCUGAAAAAUGGAUGGUAUUCAUCUGUAUAUAUUUAAGUAUUUGGUCUCCGAAUCCUUUACCGCAUUACUUCUUCUUACCAUUAUACCUCUUGGGACAAGGCGGUUUAUUCUAUACAUAUAUAUAUAUAUUAUAUCCACCACAAGCACUUAUAUUUGAACCUCUUUUUGAAAUAAUGAAAAAACGUGAUGAAGAAGAGAGAAAGAUUAAUUUGCCUGUUGGAACAACGCAUGGAAAGACGAUUGAACUGAGUUAUAUUUCAUCCUUAUAUAAUCAAGCACAGAAUCAAUUCAUCAAGCAGUUUUUAGAAUUCCCUCCCAUGACUGGAUCUGAUUUUCUUGUACAGACAGAAAAACAAAAGCGAGCUAUUGAUCAUGAAACAUCGCAAUUACAGAUCGUAAUUCGUUAA